CCACCGCCGCUGCCGCCGAUGUUCCGCAUGAUAGCGAGAUGGUGUUGGUCCGCGCUCAACAGUUGAUAAAAGAUAGCCGGAGCCGGAGCAGGCUCACAGUGGCUCAUCCGUCGCGCGCACGGCCGCAGCGAUCUCUCUUGGCGCGAUACCCGAUAGUCCUGCAGCGCGAGCUUGCGAGUCGUUGUACGCGUCGGCAGCAUGAGGCCGCUGCCACGAUGAGGAGGAGCCUCGCCGAGAGCAGGAGGAAGCCUUUCACGCAACGGACGUACAGGAUGCCCAGCCAAGAUGGGCAGCGCCAGUGAGGAGAAAUCGGCUUUGUCGAACCAGCAGCAGCAGCAGCAGCAGCAGCAGCAUCGAAAUAGCACGAGGACAGCCAGCGAGAGCGAGAGGAUGGUGGAGCUGCACGCGGCAGCCGGCGGCCGCCUCGAGGCUCACGGCGACGUCCCGGGCUCGUCGCGCCUCCACUACACGAUCCUCACCGUCCUCGACCUCGUCUUCUCGGCGACGAUAGCCGGGCCCGCGGUCGUAGGCUACUGGCGGGGCACCUGGGGCCUCAGCGGCAUCUACGUCUACCCGAAGAACCUGGACCUGAGCAGUCUCGCCUCGAUCCUCAUCGGCUUCUGCGGACUCUUCAGCUUCAACCUCGGCCAGCACGUGCUCGACGAGUGCCUCCAGCCGGACAAGCACCGGCUGCUCUACUACCUCGGCUCGCGGCUCUACACCUUCGUCUUCGGCAUCUGCUGCGUGAACGCCUGGCGAGGCGCCUGGCAGGCCCUCGACCUCUACACCGAGCACACCUUCCAGACCGUCUUCACCACGACCUGCGUCAGCCUUCUGGCACUCGCCUGCAUGAGGUGCUUGAGGAACAUCGCCGCGCCGCCCUUCGCCAUCAGCCUCGACACCUACGCCGGUUACUUCGAGGUGCCCACUCUCUUCCGAGUCAAUAACACCAGAGACUGGUCGCUGUACACCCUCGACUGCGCGUUCAGUGUCGGGGUCGUCGGGACGCUGGUCGUCUUCGUCUGGAGAGGCGCUUGGGUGCUCUUCGAUCUCUACCUGUUUCCCGAAAAUCGCGAGCACUCGGCCAUCGGCUCACUCAUCCUGGGCUACGUACUGGUGGCGGUGACGUUCUCGCUGCAGCCGCUGAUGCGAUACGCCUGCUCGCGACUGACGGGCCUGGCGCGACUGAUCGCCGCGGACGGUUUCCUGCUGCUCAGCUUCAUAGGCACGGUCAACGUGUGGAGGGGCAUCUGGAACGUCCUCGACCUCUGGCUACUUCCCGAGGAUCCCAAGCUCUCCUGUUGGAUCACCCACUUCGGCUGCUUCGUCUUCCUGGUGCUGCUCAAUUGCAGCAACUCGGUCCUCGUAAGAGGCGUCUACAUCGACGCCGAGGAGGAGGCCGGCAAGUGCGUCGUUUUUCCCUGCCACUACCUGAGGAUGUUCUUCAAGAUCGAGCGCGAGAAGAAGGAGGCGCGACGGCGGAACCUGAUCGUGGCCUCGAGAGACCUGGGCACUCGGGGCGACCCCAGCGGCAAGGAUGCCGAGAACGGGUCGCUCCUCGUCAACAGCAGCGUCACUCCCAUCAUCCAGCCGGCCAACCCCGAGUCGCAUGUCUGAUCCGGAAUCGAUCGUCGUCUCCCGUGACGAUGAUCCGCUAUAUGCUAUAGUGACGCGAGAGUGUCGGCGCGAUCGCGGACUCUGUUAUAUAUUGAACGCGCGACACGACGCGGUGCCCGAGCUACCGAGAUUAAUAUAUACUUAAAGCUGCUGCGAGGGAAAAUGCUGAGGGAACGAAAGUGCUUCGCUCGAAUUAUUGCUACUACGUAGGUGUAUAAGUGUGCGGACGCGCGAUCGAAGAAGUGUGUGAGAGAGAGAGAGAGAGAGAGAGAGAGAGAGAGGGCCUGUGUUAUACCCCAGGAGUGCGUAUGUAUAUAAUGAUGAUGCAUAUAUAUAUAUAUGAAUAUGAAUAUGAAUAUAGAUAUUAUAAAUAUUAGCUAUACUACUUACGUAUACGUGAACGAUUUCCAGUCGAGCGCCGUCAUUGACUGACGGUGCGUGUACACAUACAGAGCCACAGAGCAUUCUAUUAACCGUUCGCUCCUCGAUGUUCAUUUGACCGGUUGUUUAUUUUUGUUUUUAAUUUUCUUUUUAUUCCUACACUUCGCGAUCGUGUGUAAUUGUGGUUGUAUAGGAUGUAGAGAAACGUAUUUUUGUUUUGUUCGUUGAUGUUGUUGUUUGUUUGUUUGUUGUUGUUGUUGUUGUUGAUGUUCAUACAUAGAGAUAACGUUAUCAUACGAGACGAUUGUUAUACACUGCGAAUGGCUGUGAACGAAUGCGACGACGACGACUGUGACCGCACACAUUGAAAAUACUGUAGAGAUACAUGCCAUUAUAGAUAUUAUCGGUGAAAAUGAAAGUUCAAGCGGGCAUUAAAAGAAGAGUCAUCGCACCUCAUUGUCGAGCAUCGCAUAACGCGACCAAAAAAAAAUAUCCUCUGUCCACGAACUCGGGCGAUAUACUGUAUACCGUAUACGCUUUCCGAUGAUACGUAAAACUACUCUAACACAAGGUGUUCUAUUUAUAUACAUAUACAUAUAUAUAUAUUUUAAAACCGUACUAUUAUUUAUUAUAGAUGUGCGAGCGUGAAACGCGUGAGUGCCGCUUAUUAUUAUUAUUAUUAUUAUCAUCAUCCACAACGAUUAUUGUUACUUUAUCGUUUGCGCUGUAAAUAAUUGGCGAGGAAAGAAAAAAUCAGAAGGAGAAAGAGUGAGCCAAGCCGAUAUAAAAAGCGCGUUGUAAAAACGAACGUACAACGCAAGUCUUUCCCAGCGACAAAGUUCAUCGCUCUCCUUUGCAAUUAUAUCGGCUCGACGCAAUCUUCUAAUCUCUAUCUCGCUGCUGUGUCAGCGCGACGCGAGGAGAGCUUUCGAAUCCACUGACGCGCGGUGUGAAUGUUUGAAUGUUUAUGUUAUUCGCGCGAUCCCGCGGGAGGGGAGGAAAAUUUGAUUUUUUUUUUUGCUCUCGCGAUCGAUCUAUAACGUAAUAAAUAGAUGGUGAUGAAAAUCUGAAAAAAAAAACAAUCUUGUA